UCUUACUUCCGGUUUAUUACUGCGACGGUCAGAAGGCGACUCGUCGAAGUCAACUGCGACAUCACAAUGUCUUCGCCACUCUUAGUUAUUCAUUCCUUUCCACGACAAACUUUUGUGAUCUCUUCUCAUUUGCACAAGAUAUCUGACGUGAAAGAUGUGUUACUUUCAAAGUUAUUUCAAGAGACGGGUUUCUAUGUGACAUGUAACGGUCGCAUCUCGCAGGAUCAGGAGGAUGUGACUGAAGGCCAAGUUUAUCACUGUGUCCCACGACUGCUGGCAGGGAAGGGAGGUUUUGGGUCUAUGCUGCGAGCAAUCGGAGCUCAGAUUGAAAAGACAACGAGCAGAGAAGCAUGUCGGGAUCUGAGUGGGCGUCGGAUGAGAGACGUCAACAAUGAGAAGAAACUGAAGGACUGGCUCGGCAAGCAGGCAGAUCGGGAGCGAGAGAAGGAAGAGAAGCGUCAGGAGAGGUUGGCACGGAAGAGAGCGCGGCCACAGCACAACUUUGACGACCCAAAAUAUGUGGCACAGCGCAGCAAAGUUGCUGAUGACCUGGACGAUGCAUUACAGACAGCUCUCGACCAGGACAAGACGGGGCCAGUUGCUACGGUCACCAGCGCAGAUGUAAGAAGGAAGCGGAGAGCAGCAAGUCAGACGCUUGGCAAGGCAAAGAGACGAGGAUGGCUCGGUGUAGACCCAGAUGACCUGUCCAGUGAGAGCUCGGACGACGACAGCCAGUCCUCCAGUGAGGGUGGAGCUAGGGCGGAAGUGUCAUCCGAUGACCACACACCUAAUGAUGACACACCUGGCAACAACAGUCCUGGAACAGUUGUGUCGACACAUGAUGCGUGUUCACCCAGUACCGCCAGUCACAGUAGAUCAGGUGCAGACAGCAAGGACGGCCUUGAGUCAAAUGAGACCAUCUCUACCUCCAAGCAGGAAGGCCAAGAGAUGGAUCAAAGGGAGGUAACUGCAGCAAGCAGUACCCUCUUGUCUUCUCUGCCUCCUCCUGUGAGCUCAACAGACAAACUUGUAGAUGUUGACCUGUCCGAGUUCUCGUCUGCCCGGGAGCUGGAGGACAUUGGGCUGGAUCGCCUCAAGUUUGCCCUGACCCAGCGGGGGCUGAAGUGUGGCGGGACAGUGCAGCAGAGGGCCGAGAGGUUGUUCUCUGUGAAGGGGCUGACCCACGACCAGAUUGACCCCUCCCUCUUCCCCAAGCCACAGAAUGGGAAAGGCAGGAAGAAAUGAACAGUAAUGGGGUUAGGUGGACUGUGGCACAACAGUGUGUGUGGGGGGUUAGGUGGACUGUAGCACAACAGUGUGUGUGUGUGUGUGGGGGGGGGGGGGGGGGUAGGUGGACUGGGCACAACAGUGUGUGUGGGGUUAGGUGGACUGUCACAACAGUGUGGGCAGGGUUAGAUGGACUGUAGCACAACAGUGUGGGAGGGGAUAUGUUGACUGAACCUCAACAGUGUGGGCAGGGUUAGGUGGACUGUAGCACAACUGUGGGUUGGGAUAUGUGGACCGAAGCACAACAGUGUGGGCAGGGUUAGGUGGACUGGCACAACAGUGUGUGUGGGGAUAGGUGGACUGUAGCACAACAGUGUGGGUUGGGAUAUGUGGACUGAAGCACAACAGUGUGUGUGGGGUUAGGUGGACUGGCACAACAGUGUGUGGGGGGAUAGGUGGACUGUGGCACAACAGUGUGUGGGGGGAUAGGUGGACUGAAGCACAACAGUGUGUGGGGGGAUAGGUGGACUGAAGCACAACCGUGUGUUGGGGAUAGGUGGACUGAAGCACAACAGUAUGUGGGGGGAUAGGUGGACUGAAGCACAACAGUGUGUGGGGGGGAUAGGUGGACUGAAGCACAACAGUGUGUGGGGGGAUAGGUGGACUGAAGCACAACAGUGUGUGGGGGGAUAGGUGGACUGAAGCACAACAGUGUGUGGGGGGGAUAGGUGGACUGAAGCACAACAGUGUGUGGGGGGAUAGGUGGACUGAAGCACAACAGUGUGUGGGGGGGAUAGGUGGACUGAAGCACAACAGUGUGUGGGGGGGAUAGGUGGACUGAAGCACAACAGUGUCUGUGAACGGAAGUGUAUGGAGGAAACUUUCAAAUUUAUUUUCUUGAGUAUUUUAUUUCAGUUGUAUACAAAAUAUUGUCAUGUGUUGGUAUGUAAAUAAAGUUUAGAUCUCUGA